AUGCCUGGGGGUUCUUCUAUGCCCUCAUUCAGUGGCGUGGACUCGUGCCUCUCUUCGCUGAAAAGCUGCCAAUCGUACAUAAGCACUGGAAUGGAUAUCACUACGAACGUGGCUCUUGACCUUGUGGAACAUCACAAUGACAUGGAAGAAGUGGACGAAAUGGAAAAAGUGAUGUUGGAAUAUGCAGCCAUGAGCAGAGAAGUAAGCCACUAUAUGCAAGCAGUUGAAGAUACUGUAAAUAAGAUAAAGCGAGAGAAACCAGAAACAGUACCGGAUCUGAAAGAUUUAGUCCAGGAGAAUUUUAUGACUCUGGAGAGCACAAACAGUGACCUUGAGCUGAAGAGAAAUGAAAAAUUCGUCCUUUUUAAGGAGCAGCUGAAGCAAAUGAAAACACAGUUUGGUGUUCAGCUGGACGCAGGAGAAAGCGAGGCCCUGGAACAAGUCGAUGAAGAUCUAACCGUGACACAAAGUCAGACUAAUUUCAUAUGCCCCAUCACACAGGAGGAAAUGAAGAAACCUGUAAGGAAUAAAACCUGCGGUCACACCUUUGAGGAGGAUGCCAUCCUGAAAGUAAUCAUGCACAGGGAGAAGCAGAAUAAGAAAGCCCGCUGCCCCAAAGUUGGCUGUAACAAUGUCGAAGUCAAGAGAUCAGACCUGGUGCCGGAUGAAUUCCUUAAAAGAGCAAUUGACCGUCGGAAUAAACACAGCCAGUGA